UUGCUGCCUGCCGGACUGCUGAGAGAUACGUGGAAAUACAAUUACGUGUGCUCUAAGCGAAAGCUGAAAAGAUUUAUUUUAAUUGCUAUUGCUAUUGCUAUUUCUCACACUCUUCACCUCCUUCUCAAUCGUACACACUGUGUUUUUUUUAUACAGAGGAUUCUAAGCUAAUUACUGGGUCUGCUUCUUUUUUCUUUUUAAUUAAAAGAUUCUUUUCCAGUAUUUUUGUUGAUUAUAGAAUAUGAUGAUGCCUUGAAUAGUUGUUUGUGGCGAAUGGGUAGUUGGGGUUUUGGAUUUUGAGUUCUGAAUCAGUUACAGAGUUUUUGAGCAAGAAAAAGAAAAACAAAACAGAGACAGGGGAGAUGAGGAAAUCGUUCAAGGAUUCUCUCAAGGCUCUUGAAGCUGAUAUUCAGUUCGCCAAUACCCUGGCUUCUGAUUAUCCAAGAGAAUAUGAUGGUGCCUGUCUUCAGAUGAGAUUAUCUUACAGUCCAGUUGCACAUUUCUUCCUUUUCCUUGUUCAGUGGACUGAUUGUCAUCUUGCUGGUGCCUUGGGGUUUCUCAGGAUUCUUAUAUACAAGGCUUAUGCUGAUGGUAAAACCACCAUGUCUAUUCAUGAAAGGAAAGCUAGCAUAAGAGAAUUCUAUGGGGUGAUAUUUCCCUCGUUAUUGCAACUAUCUCGAGGAAUUACGGAUGUGGAUGACAGGAAACAGAAGGAAAUUUGUGCUUCAAAGUUCUCGAAAAGAGAUGAACUGAAUAAAGGAAAGGUCUCCGAAAUCGACUUAGAGAGGGAAGAAGAAUGUGGGAUUUGCAUGGAGAUGCGCAGCAAGAUUGUGUUGCCCACAUGCAACCAUUCAAUGUGUAUGAAAUGCUACCGAACCUGGCGAAUAAGGUCACAGUCAUGCCCCUUCUGUAGGGACAGCUUGAAAAGAGUGGAUUCAGGUGAUCUUUGGAUAUAUACAAGCAAAAAUGAAAUUGUUGAUUUAGCUUCAAUCUCGAGGGAUAAUAUGAAGCGUCUUUUCAUGUAUAUUGAGAAGCUGCCGCAGAUUGUUCCAGAUCCAAAGAUUGUUUCUUAUGAUCCACAGCAUCAACGUUGAUCACCUUAUUAUUUAGAAGUGUAAAUAACAUAUGGUUCAUUGUAGAUAGAACUCAUUUAUGUUCUUCUUUCUUCAUUAGUUUCAUUGUAGUAAGUGUAGAAGCACUUUGGGGGGGGGGGGAUUACAUUCUUUGCUAUGAAGUUAUAUGCUUUUUUUAGAACUGGUUCUCAUUUGAUUGUUCAUCACUGUCUAUAUGGUACAUGAGAGAGCAUUCUUUGAAAACAUGGACAAUAAUAUUCUCUUAUCUUGUCUAUCAA